AUGGCUCCUGAGCUUCCCGACCCCACCAGCGACCUGCAUUGGUCUGCUUUUAGGGGCGCCAUCCAGGAUAUCUUUUCCGAGAACGCCAAGAAGCACCCCGACAGACUAUGCGUCGUUGAGACGGCUUCUUCUACCUCGCCUAGGAGAGAAUUCACUUAUCGUCAAAUUGAUGAGGCGUCUAACCUCCUCGCCAACCACCUGGUGGCUGCUGGUGUUCAGAGAGGAGAUGUAGUCAUGAGCUACUCUCACCGUGGUGUCGACCUUGUCGUCGCCGUUUUCGGUAUUCUCAAGGCUGGAGCCACAUUUAGCGUCAUCGACCCCUCAUACCCCCCUGACCGCCAAAACAUUUACCUUGAUGUUGCCCGGCCACGAGCCCUUGUUGUCAUUGACAAGGCCACCAAGGAGGCUGGAAAGCUUACUGACAAGGUACGGGCUUUCAUCGCUGAGAACCUCGACCUCAAGACCGAGGUUCCCGCUCUCGAGCUCAGAGCAGAUGGCAGCCUCGUCGGAGGUGAGGUCAACGGCAAGGACAUUUUCGAUGGCUUGGAGAAGGCGAACGGCCCCAACGUCCUCGUCGGCCCCGACUCGAACCCCACCCUCUCCUUCACCUCUGGCAGUGAAGGCAAGCCCAAGGGUGUCCUUGGCAGACACUACUCACUGGCUUACUACUUCGACUGGAUGGCCGAACGCUUCAACUUGAGUGAGAAGGAUAAGUUCACCAUGCUUAGCGGUAUUGCCCACGAUCCCAUCCAGCGUGACAUUUUCACCCCGCUAUUCCUUGGUGCUCAACUGUUGGUUCCCUCCAAGGAGGACAUUCAGCAUGAGAAGCUUGCCGAGUGGAUGAGGGAGCAUGGUGCCACCAUCACCCAUUUAACCCCGGCCAUGGGUAACGUGCUCGUCAGCAACGCCAGUGCCGAAUUCCCCGCUCUUCACCACGCCUUUUUCGUCGGUGACAUUCUCAUCAAGAGAGACUGCAAGGCCCUGCAGAAGCUGGCCAGAAACUGCUACAUUGUCAACAUGUACGGUACAACCGAGACUCAGAGAGCCGUCAGCUACUACGAGCUUCCCAGCGCUAGCGCCGACCCCGAGUUCUUGGAGAGGUUCCCCGACAACGUCAUCCCCGCCGGCAAGGGUAUGAAGGACGUGCAGCUCAUUGUCGUCGACCGUGAGAACCAUGAGCGCGUGUGCGGCGUCGGCGAGGUUGGCGAGAUCUACGUCAGAGCUGCUGGUCUGGCCGAAGGAUACCUGGCCAACGACGAAUUGAACAAGGCCAAGUUCGUCAGCAACUGGUUCGUCAAGGACAACAGGUGGGCAGAGCUUGACCAGAAGGCGUCCCAGAAUGAGCCAUGGAGACAGUUCUACAAGGGACCCAGAGACCGCAUGUACCGCUCCGGUGACUUGGGUAAGUACACCGAGGAUGGCAACGUUGUCUGUGUCGGCCGUGCAGAUGAUCAGGUCAAGAUUCGCGGUUUCCGUAUCGAAUUGGGAGAGAUCGAUAAAUACCUGUCGGAUCACCCCAUGAUUCUUGACAACGUCACGCUUGUCCGCCGCAACAAGGACGAGGAGAGGACUCUGAUCAGCUACAUCGUCCCUGAUAUGCAGAGAUGGGCCGAGUGGCUGGUCCAAAAUAACAAGCAGGACGAUACCUCGGGCGGUGACAGCCUGACGGGUCGUCUCCGCCGAUUCUGGCCUCUUGGUGACGAGAUCCGAAAGUACCUCAAGACCAAGCUGCCCAUCUACGCCAUCCCCGAAAUCAUCAUCCCCCUUGAGAAAUUCCCCCUCAACCCCAACGGCAAGAAGGACAAGCCUGCGCUGCCCUUCCCCGACGCUGCCCAGUUGGCUGAGGCCCGUCCUCACAUUGAGGUCGGCGACCUCAGUGAGACUGAGCGCAAGGUUGCAGGUAUCUGGGGUUCUCUGCUUGCCAACGUUGACGAGCGAAGCCUCGGACAUGAAGACAGCUUCUUCGACAUUGGCGGCCACAGUAUUCUGGCACAGCAGAUGCUUUUCCAGGUCAACCGGACAUGGCCCGGUGUCAACGUCACUAUGGCCGUUGUCUUCCGCAGCCCAUCCCUGAAGGCCUUCUCUGCUGAGAUUGAUGCCAAGAUCUCUGGCACUGAGCCUGCGGGAGCUAACGCUGCACCUGAGGGUGAGGACUACUUCGAGGACGCCAAGAAGCUGCUGUCUACUUUGCCUGAGAAGUUUGCGCCGUUCAAUAAGAAGGCCACUGAGGUCAAGACCGUUUUCCUCACGGGAGCGACUGGUUUCCUCGGUGCUUACAUCCUUAGAGACCUUCUGUCUCGCGAAUCGCCCAGCGUCAGGGUCAUUGCUCACGUCCGCGCUAUUGACGAUGUUGACGCCUACAACAGAGUCGUCAAGAGCUGCCAAGCCUACGGCGUGUGGCAGCCUAGCUGGAAGAACUUCCUGACUGCUGUCCAGGGCAGUCUCGGCAAGCCUCUCCUCGGCCUGUCUCAGGAGCGGUGGAACACCCUCGCCGACGAGGUGGACGUCAUUAUCCACAACGGCGCCCAAGUCCACUGGGUUCUCCCCUACUCCAACCUCAAGCCUGCCAACGUUCAAGGCACGCUCGACGUCCUUUCGCUCUGCGCUACUGGCAAGCCCAAGCAGCUGGCGUUCGUAUCGUCGACCUCCGUUCUCGACCACCCCCACUUCGUCAAGCUCUCUCAGAGCGGCAGCCUCGUCAGCGAGGAGGACGACCUCUCCGGCAGCUCCAAGAACCUUGGCAACGGAUAUGGAUCAACUAAGUGGGUUGCCGAGUACUUGGUCAGGAACGCCGGCAAGCGCGGCCUGACCGGCACCAUUGUCAGACCCGGCUACAUCACCGGCGAGCAAUACUCCGGUACCAGCAACACUGACGACUUCCUGCUGCGCAUGAUCAAGGGCUGCAUCCAGCUCAACGCCCGGCCCAAGAUCGAGAACACCAUCAAUAUGGUGCCCGUAGACCACGUCGCCCGCCUCGUCGUUGCCUCGGCGCUGCACCCGCCCCGCCAGCCCCUGGGCGUUGCUCAAGUCACCAGCCACCCCAGACUCACCUUCAGGACGUACCUGGGCGCGCUGGAGAAGUACGGCUACGACGUGCCGGAGGUGGAGUACAGCCAAUGGAGCAAGGCCCUUCAGGACUACGUCGCCGAGGGCAAGGAGCAUGCUUUGAUGGGCCUAUACCACCUUGCUACUACCGAUCUCCCUGGCGACUCCAUCGCCCCCGAGCUUGACGAUGUUAAUGCCGCCGCCGCCCUCCGCUCCGAUGCCGAGCUGACGGGCCAGGAUCUGUCUGCAGGUGGCGCCGUCAAGGAUGAGACUAUCGGACGGUACCUGAGCUACCUCAUCGCCAUCGGUUUCCUCGAGGCGCCGCCCAAGGCCGGAGAGCUCGCCAUCCCUGCGGCUGACAUCAGCCCUGAGCAGAAGGAGGCUCUCCUAAGAGUCGGAGGUCGUGGCGCUUUGGUUUAA